UUCUGGAUAUUUACCUCCAGCUGGUCUUCAGUACAGAAGAAUGGCGAGAGAUUACGCAGCGCGCUGCCCGGGGUCUCCAGGGGGGAAUGCCUGGAUGGUGACAGCGGUGAUCAUCCUGACUGCUCAAGGUCUGGCUAAACCGUCAUCCUGUUGCUUCUAUUCCUGGUCCCCUCCCCUCCCAUCCCUGGCCCUGCUCUCACUGGGAUGCUGGGGUGUCAUUGCUCAGAAAGUACGAGUGGAGCAAGAGUUGGAGGCGUACCCCACAGAGUCUGUUGAUCUGCGCUGUGAAUUCGUCGAUGGAGGAAGUUUAACCAAGCUCACGCAGGUAUCGUGGAUAUGGGAACCAGUUGAUGGCCAAAGGGACAACAUUGCCGUUUACCACCCAAUCUAUGGACAAAGUUUUCCCAAUAUGGCCUUUAGGGAUCGAGUUGUCUUUCUCCACAACGAUCUGAAGAUCCCAUCCAUAAGGAUUAAUGACCUCCGCAUGUCCGAUGCUGGGCGAUACACCUGCGAAUACGCCACCUACCCGUCUGGAAAUGAGCAGGGCACCACCACGCUCAUAAUGCUUGCCAAGCCCAAGAACUCGGCCAGAGCUGUGACAGUCCAGGCUGGCAGCAAGUCGGUGGUGGUGGCCCAGUGUGAGGGCGCGGAUGGGAAACCGGCAGCAACCAUCAAGUGGCUGGCGUCAGUCGGUGGCAAUCACUCAACCACCACCACGAACGGGCCGGACGGCACAGUGACGGUCCGGAGCGAGUACAGGCUGGUCCCAACUGUGGCAGAUAACGGCAGAGAGGUGACCUGUCUGGUCGACCAGAGGACACAGGACCGGCCGUGGACUGAAGUUCUGAAGCUUUCUGUGGAGUACCCUCCAAUUGUCACCAUCGACGGUUACGACAACAACUGGUACGUCGGCCGCUCUGAUGCAGUGCUCUUCUGCCUGGCCAAAGCCAACCCUGAGCCCACCACCAUCACCUGGACUACGGCGUCCGGUUCCUUGCCUGACACGGUGGUGGUGGAGCACAACAAGCUGACAGUGAGGAAGGUGGACGACGCUGUCAACACCACCUUCACCUGUGAGGUCAAGAACAAGCAUGGGGCAAGCAGAAAAACACUCACCACGUUUGUCAUAGAAGAGAAACGAGAACCUGUUCGAGACCCACAGACAGGUGUCGUCGUAGGAGGCAUCUUCGGCAUGCUCAUUUUCAUCGCCGUCGUCAUCGGCAUCGUCUUCCUCAUCCGAAAGUACCAGCAGGGCACAGAGGGUCCUCCAAAGCACAAGCCUCCUCCUCCAGUGAAGGCAGGCAGCUCAACGGAGAUGCUGAACAAGCCGUCAGAGCCGCCCACAGCCACAGAGAUUGUGCCUCUGAGCCCAGGAGAUGUUUACUACGAGCCCACGGGGGGAGAGCCUGUCACAAUCCUGGAUGAGGAGGCCACCGAAGCCCUGAACGGAGGAGCCCCUCCAGUCCUAAAUAAGGAUGCUGCUGAUGGUCACCAUGGCAAUGAGUCAUCCAAUCAUGGGCCCUCGUCUGCCAACAUUCCUCGUGGCGAGAGCUUUGUAUCAACCCCCAUGUAUGUGUAGCUGUAGCAACAGAACCACUGCAACAGAGGCAUACGAGAAAGUUUCAGGUCGCCUAAAUUAGCAAGAAAACAAAGCGAGAGGCCAUGACACCUGUUUCCCCUUUUUUUGUAAAUUUAACCUUUAAAGUUUAAAGCAACCUGCUUAUGGAUGGUUUUAGUUUUUAGUUCUUUUCCAAGCUACUUUAACUGGGUAACAUGGAUUCAGCGGUAUUCACGUUUCCUUUUAUGUUUACAGCUGAGCUAAAGCUUGUAGCUUGGGUUGAUAUAGAAAAACCCAGUUAGCAAAAGUAUCAAGCCUUUAUUUUUCUCUGUUUUUGAAACUAUUGUGAAAUUGAGUUUGAUUACAUUGCAAUCUUCUCAAGCCAGAAAGCCUUUGAAAUCAUAUGUGAUGUUGCAUAAGAUGAGGCGGGCUUUGAAAAUGUGUGCAGAGUUGGCGUAACAUAGGUGAACUGGAGCUCUGAUUGGUGAAUAAUUAAAAUCCACAUUACCACCAAAAACAGACAGAAUACUGCCUAUUCUUGGGUGUUAGGAUGAAACAUUUUAUGCAACAUUUUGUGCCAUGACUUUUAGCAUCAUGAAUUGUUAUUAAUAUAUGGGAGGGACGCUGCUGAACCUCGGCAUGUCUGUUUACAGCCAUGGGACAUAAUUUAAACGUUUUUAUUUGCCUCAGAAUAAGAUGAAAACAUCAGGUCCUUUCUAGUAUUAAAAAAAAUUUCAAAAACUUGAAAUUACUUUGUUUUCUUUUUAAUCCUAAGUCUGGUCAUUUGACCAUCUGGGCAACUUCAAUUUAUGACAGAAAAACACGCUAAAACCUUUCCUCCAAUCUGUUUCAAAAAUAACAGCUUUCACCAACAGAAAGUAUUCACACCCCUUCAGCUUUUACAAAUUUGUUAUGAUACAGACUUCCUUACAGGAAAUUCAACAAUGAAAUAGCCCUUAAUGACAAAGUGGAAACUUAUUGUCAGACAUUUGUGUGAGUCUUUAAAAAUGAAACAUUUAAAAUGAAACAUUUAAACAUAACUUGUCACACUCAUGGCCAAAUACUUUGCCGAAGCACCUAUGGCAGCCACAGCAGCCUCAAGUUUGGUUUGGUAUAUCUCUGCAAGCUACCCAACACUAUUAUUGGAUGAUUUGUAUCAAUUUGUCUCCAGAUCCUCUCAGGAUCAUUGAGGUUGGAUGGAUAGCAUCAGUAGACAGAUAUGUUUAGGUCUUUCUAGAGAAGUUCAGCUAGAUUUAUGUCUGGGCUGUGGCUGAGCCAGUCAGGAACAUUCACCAACUGCUCCUAACCUCUCCUUUCUUAUCUUGGAUUCAUGCUUGCGUCACUGUCAUGUUGGAUAAAGAAUUGUCGCUUCAGUCUGAAAUCCAGAGACGCUAGGAGAAUCUAUAUACUUGUUGAUCAUUAUCUCAUCCAUGCAGACUAGUCUCCCAGUUCCUCAACAUGGAUCAGAUGUAUUGAGGCUCAAUUUUGAGUGCCAUAACAAUAGGUGGAUAUUCUUAUGUACCUCUUAUGUUUAAAUGUCAACCAAACUUUGCAAAAGUAACCGAAAACAUGUUUUCAGUUUGUCGUUAUGGGCUGUAUUGAGUAUUUUUAGGAGAACAACCUUAAAAUAAUUAUCUUAUAUAAUAGAAAAGUGAGUUUUCUGAUGACACUGUUGUCUAAGCAGCAGAGGCUUUGUUAGCACCUACAAAGGGGACAAUACAUAAUUCAAAGCUCUGUAACCUGGCAACCUCACAUAAUUAAGAUGCUGGGAUCCAUAUUGGUUGUGUUAAUUGCAAAAGCUGGUGGCACUACAGCUGUGUGAACCAGCUUAAAAUACACACAACAGGGUUCAUCAAAAUUCACCAGCUGUCACACGAAGACACCAGUUUUUGUUGUCAGACCUCCUUUCAUGAAUCACACUGUUGUGAAUGAUUUAAAAAAUACAUAUAUAUAGAAUGUGUGUCAUAAAGAGUAAAAGUUGAACAUAUGUUAGAGAAAAAUUGCCAAUACACUUAUUUCAACCAUCUGAAAUGAUUGCCCUUUCUUAUGUAUGCAGAACAUUUUGCAUUUUAACUACUAGGAGAAAAAAGUUAUCUCGCCCACCCUGCCCUGCACUAUGUCCUCUGGCUGAAAAUAAAAUUGGUCUACACAGAUGUCAAACGGUACCAAAUGAUAAAAAUUGUAAAUAGCAUUGAUAAUAUUGAUUUAUAAUAUAUUGUUGGUGAAAUGUGUAUACAUAAAAAUAAACAGGUGUACAGUAGGUGUUAUUAGUGCCUCUGUACAGGGGAUGGAAGUCAACUAAACGUCAAAAGAGCAACUAAAAAACAAAGUGUAUAUUAAUAUUUUGCUUUUCACAAGUACAUUGAAGUUGUCACUUAAUACGAAGAUGUUUUGAGUAUAAAAAAUAAAUGGUGUGGAUUUUAUUCCUUGUUCAUAUUGCUCUGCAUGGCAUGAUCAGUGGCUUGUUGAAACACUUUCCUGAGGCUGUUUGCCUAAAAAAAAUCCUUCAUUUGUAAAAGCAUUUCUGAAUAUCGGAAAAGAACGCUGCUUUUUUAUAAUCUGUGUCUCAAGCAUCUGUCAUAGUCAUACACACCACAAGCUUACAUCUAAUCUAAAUCGUGUGUUCUUUUGUGUUAUGUGACAGCUCCCCAGUCUGCCUGUGUUUGUCUUCAGCACAAAUCCAAAAAUACAGUAGGCACUAAAUUGCCAUUUCUCUUAGCCACAGAGUGCAACACACAUAGAAACGCAAUCCUUUUUUUUUUCACCAUGCUUUAUCUUUCACAAUUCACACAAAUCAUCCUGACCUCAUCAUGUUGACUGUCAGAAAACAGACUGGAGCUGACCAUGUCAGUAAUAAUCACCCACUAGAGCACAUAGGCGGUGGAUAAACUGCAGAUUUGUAGAGCUGGUCAGUGCGUGUAAAGGCUGAGUGAAAGAUGAGAUAGAUAAUCUCUUACUUUUUCUAAACCGCUGGCACCUAAUACACUUUAUUUUCUGACAUAUGGCAAUGAUAAAGGGAAAAACCUUUUUUUAUAAGCAGAAAUUUGUAGAGUAAUCAAAUUUAGUCGAAAUCUUUCCUGCUGUUGACAGCGUCCAAAGUGACAGCAGUGUGAAGAAUCAUUAAGAAAUUCUCAUUGAGGAAGCAAAUUGCUGCUCGAUCUAACAGGUAGUCAGAGAAUUACCACCAUCUGAAAAAACUUUAAUUCAGAAAUUUUCAGGCCAUUUCUUUUUUCCAUUUUAAUUUUUUCAAGAACAGACUGGUUAAAGUUCAACUCUAAGAAAAACAUAUCAGACAGCUUCUGUUAUCUAUAUUACAGGUAGCAACACAAACAUUCAGUUAAAUAAACACCAUAAACAACUCUAAUACAAAAGUGAUAAGCUAAAAGAUGCCUUAAAAAUAAAGUUUGUGAUGUUGUAAACAGGAGUCAAAUUGAUCCUAUUUAGCAGAAUAAGAAGGAAAAUCUCAUUGGGAAGCGAAUUGCAACUUAAGCUAACUGCUACAUAAGCUAACAGUGACUCAGCAAAUUUCUAAAUUUUUAACAGCUUUAGUCCAAAACGUUCAACCACAGGAGAUGGUGUAUUUAUUUCCUCUUUGUUUUCUCGAGUAGCCUGUAUUUGCUAAUGUGCACUGAUGCUCAGUGAAACAACUUCCACCGCAUUAUUCAUUCAGAAGACCUCUAUAUUGGAUAGUUUUACUUUGCCAUGUCUGCAUUUUUAUUAACAGCUUCAGGCAUUUUCCCCUGGUCUCAUCCCUCUCAGGCAUGUUCCAGCUUAAUUGUUUGUCAAAAUAUUUGCUCUUAUCAGUGUUGCCAACUCCCAGUGAGUUGCUAAAUUAUGUCAUCAUCUAAUUUAGCAUAAUUAGCAAUGCAUAUGUAGGCUAAUUGUGAUGGAACCUGUGGAAAAGAAUGAUCAUGUUUUGGAAGAGACCAAAAGUGAGUUUACAUCAGUUUCCAAACAUCUGUCAUAAAACCAUUUGUUUUGAAAAAAAAAAAAAUCACAAUGGGUGUGAAUCAAAUGCUUCAGGUUCUAAUCUCAAGCCUGGAACCAUACUGCCCAUAAUAAACACAAGCUACAUUUUAUAGUAAUUUUAUCAUACCACUUAAUGUUUUUUCUAAUUCCAUGUGUUCAGCAGACAAGAGAAAGCCAGCACAAACAAGUGUCUCAGGUAAGAAGUUGUAAAACUUUACUAAUGUAGGAUUUGCUUAGAUUAUUUUUAAAAAGUUGUUAGUUUACAAAACUUUGCUCCUGGAUGGCCUUGUUUUAAGUAGCUGUUAGCUUGAUUAGCUGUUAGCUAAAGUAGCAGUCAACUUUCAGCAUUUCUGCAUGAUUCUUCUCAAACUACAGCAGGUAAGAUACAAACUGUUCUCAAGUGGAGAAAACCAUAAUUAAAGAAAACAUCCUAGUUUUCACCUCAGUGUCCCCUUUUCCAUAACAGAAAGAAAGCCAACAGAUUUACACACUUAUUUUUGAAUGAAAUUGCACACUUUCUGGCCAACUGUAAAUUUGGUUUUUUUCUAAAAUAUUUAUUUGUUCAGAAAAAAAAGGAAGGAUACUAACGGAGUAAAAUGUUUUCAAAUUUGUCUGAUUUUAGGCUCUGCAGUUAUUUUCAUAAAAGGGAAUGUUUGCAUGCUGCAUGGAUAUUUUGAGGGAAAAAGGCUCCAUACUUUGCAGAGAGGCUUGUGUCACCUUAGCAGCCCAGCUUUUUAAUUCGCUUUUCUGUUGCAGUGUUGGACAAUCAUGUGUGAUGUAUUUCAUAGCCUUGCUGUAGAACAAAAACUGUCUUCAUAGAGGGAAGUAAUGUGAUGCUUUCUGCCUCUUUUUGUCUGUAAGUUAAUUUCACAAAAUGAAUGAAUGUUUAGUUUCCUGUGGAUUAAUGUGUUUAAUGUGUUUGCCAGCGGGCUGCUCUUGAUAGAUUGAAGAAAAGGGGAAAAGACAAUCAUCAGGAUACAUUAAAUCAGAGGCCAAUGACUCUGCAAGCAUUCAGUUAUGAGUUUGGCUCUGCCGUCUCAUUUGGGGAAUCAUUUGGUUUUACCCUGCACCUCACCUUUAAAAGCAGUGUGUCAUUUAGAGGUACCUUAAAUUGUAUUAUUUGCCAAUUCCACAGACAGUCAUGAAGGUUGACACUUAGAGCAAAAACUGCAAAGAAAUACAAAUUUGUGAAUCUGCAGAUGGGCUGGCUAAAGCUCCAUAAUGUGAAGGUACGGCAGUAGUUCCAGAUAAAUUGGUUAACAGAUAAACACUCUAUUUGUCCCUUUGGUCUCUGUUUUGCAUUGUGGCCAAGGUGCUUGCUCAGUCUACCCACCUCCACAAUUACGGGUUAAAUGCCACAAACAUAAGCUGUGCAUGUCAACAAUGAGGUUGUUCUGUCUGAAUCCUCCACUUCAUUUACACUAAUCUCCUCCAUCGUUUUUUUUCUUCUUCUUCUGUCUCUCUUCUUCAUCCUUUGUCACUUCAGCUUUUCAUCACAGAGCCAGACGUGCCUUCUUUUGUUAUUUUUAGCUUUUCAAUUCUCUCAUUCUUUUUCAUUUGACAGUAGAACCGCUGGUGAAAUGAGGAAAUACAUAAACACAGAAUGUGUUUGAAAAUAAAAUGGGAAUGCUGACAAAAAGCCACUCUCAUACACUGGAAAUGUAAUCCUAUUUUUGUGAACGUUAUUGAUUUCUUUUCAAUUUUUUAUGUAUCACUGAUCACUUAUAAUUUUGUAUGCUUUUGGGGAAUUAUAUUGUAUAUGUUUUUGAAUUCAUUGUCUUGUCAAAUAAAAUGUAAAUCAAAAAGA